GAGCGAUCUGGUGCUGCAGCUGCCACUGUGGUCGCCUCCUCUAUUUCAGCUGCACGUGCAACUGCUCCUGUCCCUGGUGGCCCGGGUUCGUGAGAACCUCCGUCUCAAUCCAGGGCGGACCGGGUGCUGGCGAUGGAAGCCAGUGCGGUGGAGACGCGUGUGUUCGUGGAGGUGCGCAGACGGCUGCAGAGCGCGCUGCUGAUCGUGGGGGAGCCAAAAGAAGGAGGUAUGCCCAUGGAUGUUUCCAUAAUGCCAUCCUUGCUCCAGAUGAAAACCCCCACAGGCUGCACAGAGGUUCAGCUCCCAGCAGAGGUCAGGCUUGUACCUUCUUCUUGCCGUGGACUGCAGUAUGUCGCUGGAGAUGGACUGCACCUUCGGCUGCAGGCACAUACAGAAUUCAGCACAAAACUGAUUUCAAUAUUUAAUCAAAGCUUACAAGCCCAAGAAUGUUGCACAUUUUAUUGCCAGUCCUGUGGUGAAGUCAUAAUAMGGGACAGGAAGCUUCUCAGGAUUCUCCCACUGCCGAGUGAGAACUGGGGAGCUCUCGUUGGAGAGUGGUGUUGUCAUCCUGACCCCUUUGCUAAUAAGCCACUUCAUCCAAGAGAGAAUGACUGUUUUAUUGGAGACUCUUUCUUCUUGGUAAAUAUAAGAAAUGAUUUGUGGCAGUUUUCCAGAAGGGAUGACCUUAUGUCCAGAGUUGCAGAGUUCUUUUUCCUUGACCAUUUCUUCAAGGAACCAAAAGCAAAUACCAAAGUAAUUUGUAAGCGUUGCAAGGUAAUGUUGGGAGAGAUCAUGUCAUCAGAAACCACUAAGUUUUAUAUGACAGAGAUAAUUAUUCAACCAUCUGAGAGAAGUUUUCCUAUCAUACCAAGGUCUCAGUUUGUUCAGAGUGUUAUUGCCCAGUGUCUGGUGGAACUCUCCUCUGCUAGAAGCACUUUUAGAUUCACUAUUCAAGAUCAGGAUAGUAAAGUGUACAUCUUGCUCUGGCUUUUAAACUCAGACAGUGUGGUGAUUGAAUCUUUGAGUUCCGACCAUAUCAAAAAGUUCCCCCUUUUGGAAGAUACAUUAAAAGCAGGCUUCAGUUCUGCCUGGAAUGCUGUCAAGGUCCUCUACCAGCCAUGCCUCAGAAGUGGAGAUGAAAAGCUUGCCAGCUCCUGGGAAAGUGACAUCAGUGUCCACUCAUUAACCCUGCCUGCUGCAACCUGUUUGGAGCUGCUGUUGAUACUAUCAAGGAGUAAUGCCAUCCUGCCACCAUCCCUUCGCCAAAUGAAUUCAUUUCAGGUGGCCUUUUUGAAGAUGUAACUGUUGGAACUGAGGCAUCCACCCACCCCCACCAACAGACAGACAGCUCCAGGGCAGAGCACACUGAAGGCCAGCAGUCAGUUCUGUGGGCAUGGAUUAUAAAGACAGGAACCAGGGCUGCAGAAUGACAGUACUGCACUAAAGUUUUGAGUUUACUUGUUUACAUAUAUUAUCUAAGAGAAGGGCUGACUUUAGAUCUUUGAAAACCCAGCACUGUGAAGAAAGUUGUAGUGGCAGGUUGUCAGCAGGGUAAGUAUAGAAGUUACAUUGCUACUUUCCACAGAGAGGAGCAUUCAAAUCUGUGCUGUGUCAGCACCACCUGGAAGGAUAUUAGCUAACAGAGACCCAUCUGUCCUAUGUGGAAUGUGCAAGGAACACCAUUGGUGGAACUCAGUGUAAAUUCUAGGAAAUAAACUUUAAAGAGCUUCUCAGGUUUGUUUAAAACAGAUUUUAAAUAACAAAAAUACAGUGCUUUUUGUACCUUACUCAGAAAAGAUGCUCAGUAAAUGUUUGUUGAAUGAGUAA